UGAUACAGCUGCCCGCGAUUAUUACGGGUAGAUCGUGAUCGUCUUUAAGAAGGAAGGGAAGUUGCCUUUCCCUUUCCCUUUCCGUGCUCUCAUCCAUGGUUGCGUAGAGGGAUAAAAAAAACCCUCGCCCCGACUUCUCUCUCCCCUCUGUCUAAUCGUUUUUUUUUUUUUCAUUUUCUUUCUAGAAGCCAGUAAUUUUACUCUCUGAUUUUCCCGCUCGCUCAAUCAUGAUCGCCCGCCAUUUCCAUUCCUCCUUCCUCGCCGGCGAUUAGCCGGUACCGAGUCUAGGUUAACUUUCCGUUUAUGGCAUCGGCAGUUCUAGCCAGCAAAAAUGGCCCGCAUUGGGGAGACAGUGAGACGUACAUGAGGACAUACACCUCCGUUACCGCCGCCACCAACGCAAAUAAGAGCCGCAACGGCGUCAGUCACAGCCAUGACGAUUUCUUCCCCGGGCGUGCCCCGAGUCCCGUUCCACCUCCAAGGUUCUUACAAAGUUCAACCCAGAUCCGUAAUCCGUCUGGCGAUCACCGCGUCGGCAGAAUGUUACCGCCUCCUCUGCCGAAGCCGGAUGCUGGCUCGCCGAAGUGGAGGGUGGCUCCCGGCGACGGCGAAGUGAAGGAGUCCUACCACGGCGGUUACGUGACGUUCAAUCUCGAUGCGCACUCAGGGCAAGAAUUGAAAGAAUUGAAGAGGCGCCUUCAAUUGGAGCUCGAACAGGUCCGCGCCGUGAGAACGAGGUUAGACCGACUGAACUCUGACCCUCGACCAGUUUACCCUAGUUUCCAGCUCUCCAAUGCACAUCCACCGCCAUUGCCCGCGCCCCAAUUUACCAACCGGGAUGCAAGCGGGACGAAGGCCGGCCAACAGAAUCGCGAGUCGAAGGGGCAAAAAUCCAAGAAGAAUUUUCCAAUUCUUGUUCCGGGUCAGGGCUCGAAACCUAGCUCCCCGUCGCCCAAUGAGUUGGAACCCAAACGGCAGCCCGGGACUAGUCCGUUACGGGACAAGGUACUGAUGAGCAUGAUGAGAAGGUGCCGGCAAAUACUGGGUAAGGUGAUGAAGCACAGAUCUGCUGUGUGGUUCAACGAGCCGGUCGAUGUGGUGGGAAUGCGGUUGUACGAUUAUAACCAGGUAAUCAAGAGGCCAAUGGAUCUGGGUACCGUGAAAUCCAAUCUCGACGAUGGAUUUUACAAGUCUCCCCUUGAUUUCGCAGGCGAUGUGAGGCUUACUUUUGCAAACGCGAUGACUUACAACCCUAUCGGGCACGAAGUGCAUGGAUUCGCGAAGCAGCUGCUCAAGUUUUUCGACGAUAUGUUUGAGCCUGCAAAUAAGAAGUUCGAUGCUGAGCAGCGUAAGGUUUCACGGCAGAGUCAGGAUGUGGGUAAAUUUCAGCCUGCAUUUUUGGAGAGAGCGGCGGUGUCUCAUCAGUCAGUUAUCGAUGCCAUGGAAACAGAUGUUGAAGAGGUUGCGGCGGCCGUUACAGGGGAGCAGCAGCAGUUGGAGGUCGGCAAGGCUGCCACUGUGGAGCAGCAGCAUUUGAGAGUUGGGAAGCCGCCGAAGCCAAAGGCCAGGGAUCCAAUCAAGAGACGAAUGACUGUAGAAGAAAGGGACAAGUUAGGGAAGGAUUUAGAAGGGCUGCCGCCUGAUAAGAUGGACCAGGCAGUACAGAUUCUGAGGAAGCGGAAUGGGGGAUUGGAACAAGAGAACGAUGAAAUUGUGAUUGAUUUCGAGAACAUGGAUGUGGAGACGCUGUGGGAACUGGAUAGACUGGUGACCAACUACAGGAAACUCCUUAACAAGAUGAAGAGGCAGGAGCAGUUGCAGCUGCAGAACCAACUUGAAGAAAACAAAUUCAUCACCCAGGGUCCGGAAAUGAGUCCUGAAACGGGGAGGAACAUGAUUGUGGAGGAAGAAGUGGACAUUGGAGAGGAGAGUCCAGUUGGGAAUUAUCCGCCGGUGGAGAUAGAGAAGGAUUUGAUUGGAUGUGGGAGUGACAAGUCAAGCAGCUCUGGUGAUUCAAGGAGUAGCAGCCGCAGCGGUUCUUCCUCUUCAAGUGAGUCAGGAUCAGGAUCUGAGAGCUCAUCUGGGAGCGAGUCUGAUGAAGACAGCGUGCAGUCACCUUAUGCCAAAGCAAACGAUGCUGGAGGUGAGCAGAGAGCAGCAGGACUUUAUUAAGGCUGCCUGCUGCUGCAAUUUCUGGUAUUGGCAGGAGUAGGGUUUUGGUUGUGAGAAAGUAGGCGACUUGGCCGUGGGCGAGGGUUCUGAAAUUGUAAAGAGGGUGUGUUGACUUACUGAAAUUGGGAAGUAGUACGUAGCAGUAGCUGGGUUUUGUAGUUAGUGAGGGAGAGGGCAGUUUUGCCAAGUAAAGCUGAAAAAGAGUUGGUUAGGGUUUUAAGUAGCUAACAAGGAGGGAGCCGAGUUAGGGUCUUUUGUGCAGCUGCUAAUUGCUAGAGCUAGAGCAGGCAGGCAGUAAAAAUGUAGUUAGUCUCUAGUUGGAACUUUGUUGCUUUGCUUCAAAUUUUUCUGAUGGGUAAAAAAAAGAUUGGAAAAGAAGGAAAGCAGAGUUGUAGGCACAUGUUUUUUCAGAGUGCAGCUAUCAUAUUCAUAGAGAUGAAUGAAAGAAAGAAGUGCAGUAAAGAAAAACAGGGGGAACAAGCGCUUAAAAGUUUUAACCUAAAAAAUUGUGCAUUAUGUGUCCGUUUCCUACUUGCCCCGGGGCCUAUUUCUGUUGCAUUAUUUAAUUGUGCAUGUCCCUGAUUAAGAUUUUAACUUGGUAUGGGCUGUGAGCUGGGGACUGGUUAGCAUGCUAAUCCCUUAAGGGGUUGGUUUUUUGACACCCCUUUUAAUUGGUCAAUUUUUCAUUAAUUAUUGACAAGUAUUAAUGAAAGUAAACAUAAUAAAUGUUCUGUUAUUAAAUAUAAAGUAAACAUUAAAUACACCACAUUAAUUACCACUUUACUGGUAUUUGACUAUUUGUACCACUGCACUGAUACUCAGAUAUGACAUUGCUACCAGUGCACUGAUAUCGCAACCAGUGCAGUGGUAUAUCUACCAGUACAGUGGUACAACGUAUCAGUGCAGUGGUAUAUCUACUAGUACAGUGGUACAACGUAUCAGUGCAGUGGUAUAUUUUUUGGAGGUGGUCGGAGGGAGUCUGCCGAUGAGAUUUUCACCGGAGAAGUGUGGCGGUCGGAGGAAGUCUGGUGGUCGGAGACUGCUGAAAAAGGAAAAAUCAAAUAUAGUGAGAGAAUUCCUAAUGUGUAUUUAAUGUGUGUAUUUAAUUCUUAAUGUGUAUUUAAUAGUGAGAGAAUUCCUAAUUAAUAUGGUACAUUUAAUUCCUAAUGUGUAUUUAAUGUGUGUAUUAAAUUCUAUAGUUGUAUUAAAUAUACUAGGGGUGUCAUUUUUCCAACCCCUAAGAGGGGUUAGCAUGCUAACCGACCCCUGUGAGCUGUGUGCUGAUCUGGCCGUUCCCUAUAAAGCAGAGAGCUAACUUUGAAAACCAAAGGGCAUAAAUGCAGUGAGCUGGAUUGAAACAAGGGCUUCUAGCUUUUAGCUCAGCCAGUCACAAGGUUGUCUCAUUAAUGUUAGGGUAUUAUGCCCAAAAAUUCUGCUAAUUCGAAUUCUAGAUAGCGUUUGCAUACUCAAGGUAUGCGGUACCCCGAAUUUCACCCGGGGUACCGUAGAAGACACCAUAUGUAUAUAGUAAAUUGGUUUUGAUGAUUGCUUCUAUACAUGUACUUUCACCGGUUAUGGGAUCACGCAGUUGCGGAGGGAAGGCAAGAGGAGAGAAGUCCAAGGACCCCACUUGGCAAAAUUUUGGGAGAAAAAUUUAUUAGAUAAAUAUACUUCGAUACGAAUAUGUAAAUACAUGACCCCAUACUUUUGCUGAUACUUGUUGUAACUUAGAACCCCAAUCAACUCAAAUCCCAUUAGAUGCAUAGGAUUUAGUGUUAUAAUUUUUUUAAAGACCUCAAUCCAUUUAAAGCCUCGCUAAGCCACUUGGAUCACGUAACUUUUUAUUCAUUUGUAUAAAAAGAGAUAACAUAAGUUCAUAAAAAAAUUAUUUUAACUUUUAGCCUGUCUUGACCUCUUUGGAAUAAUGACUCAGAUGUUAA